AUGCCUCACGAGCGUCGUCAUGCGAGAGAGCCGAGCAAAGACGAGCAGCAGUACAUUAUUCUCGUCAAAGAUAUUCCGCGUGCGUGCAGAUGGCAAGAGCUCAAGGACAUGACUAGGCUGCUCGGCGGGGAGCAAAGUCUGAAAGCCGAAGUAUUUCAAACCCGCGACGGUCCGCAGGUGGGACAUUGUACUAUCAAAGGCAAGGUGGCAGCACAGCAAGUCUUUGACAACUUCUGCCAACGAGGAUGGAAUGGCCUUUCGGUUGAGGUGUCGCUUGCCGUCCUGGAGAAGCCCGACACUCUGAAGCCAGUCAUACCAAUGACUCGCACUCUUGGUCUUGUACAAAGAGCUCAGAGCAAAGUGAUUCAGGAGCAUGUGCCAUCUGCUAAUGUCCAUGGUUGUUUUGUCAAACCUCUACUUCCAACGACUCCUCCUCAGCCGCUUUCUCCGAUGUAUCAUCAUCAUUACACCACUGCUGGGGCCACCUUGUCCCCUAACUCGGGAAUGAUAGGACCUCAGAUGUGUGCAGCUCAUGUCCAUGGCUACGUCAACCCAGGCUCAAGCACAGCGGCCUACAAUGGUGCAGCCUGCAAUAUGGACCACAUGCCUGCUUAUUCGCCAGUCACGUCUAGACCCAGAGGGAAAAGCGGUCAUCCUAGCACUGCUACUCAGCGAAUAGGCAACGACAAUAGUCUGAUUUGCAUUUCCGGCCUACCAUACUCUCAAUCCGAGCAUGAACUAAGUCACAUUCUCCGACGAUUCGGAUCCUUGAAGUAUCUCGAGUUGCCACCUGACACUCGCUCCCAUGGCAAAUGUAAGGGCACAGCAAAGGCCAUGUACGCAAAUUCCAGUCAAGCAAUCGCUGCAACACGCAAUCUUGAUGGAAUGCACUUUGGUGGUCGCAAAAUCAGCGUUCGAUUGGCCAAGGACGACUCGAGCACGAACACUGCAGACCAUUCCAGGCGCGAAUCGAUCCGCACGGGCGUCAGUGGUAAGGAUCCAAAGACUGGAACGCCUGUACUAUCGUCACAUGAUCAAAGUUCCAGCGCUCGUGACUCCAAGGCGAAUUCCGGGCCCCUGGUGGUCAAUGGAGCAACCGGCUCAACCGGCAGCAGAAGCAGUCGCGACGAUGCCUGCGAGAGUGACAAUAGCACAGAAGAUUCGGACGACGAAAGCAAGAGCGAGCAGUCGGAGAGAGACCGACGAGGUGAGCCAGACCCAAUCCCGAUAUUGUAUCGCGAAGCUCGAUUAGCCCAGAAUUGUCAAGGCUCUUUGUUUACUUGA